GACCGGACGUAUUUUUCAUAGCGACACAGCCACCAUGGACGCUGAAUCUCACCGUGCUUUGGAUUAUUUGACAGAAGUAGAGGAGGCAGCUGAGGAUGUUCUCACCACUAAACAGCAGAUAGUGGACCUGGACACAAAGAGAAACAGGAACAGAGAGGCACUUAAUGCACUGAAACAUGAAAUACCAGAUUCAGAGAAAGUGAAGGUUUGUUUCGGAAACAUGUUCAUCAAAUUUCCCAAAUCGAAGACGAGAGAUAUGAUUCAGAAAGAUCAAGAGCAGCUGGACAAGGAGAUAAAUGACCUUCGCAAAGGACUGAAAGCAAAAGUCAAUCGUCUAAAUGAGAUACAAGGGAAACCUGAGCUGAGAGGCUACAAUCUUUCUCCACUGUCAACUGAUGAACUCAAAGCUGUUAACAGCCUCUUAAAGAGAUGACAUCAGAUCUACUAAUUGCAUACUACUUGUAAGGACAUAAGUGCAAAGAGAACAUGUUGACAAGGUGCUGAAGAGCCUUGCCUGCAACAGCAGAAGGUACUGUAACAUGCUAACGUCUGGAUGACCCGAUGACACAUUAGCCCACUGGAUGAUUUACGACAUGGAUGUAAAGGACAUCUUCAUCACCCACCUUAAGGGCAUUUUUGAAAUUCUUGCCAAACAUUGCAUUCUAGGUCUUAAAUCUUCAAAAAGCAAAGUCAAGGCAGAAAGUGUAUUUUGCCCUUCCCUCUUUUUUCUCGUUAAAGUUCCACUCUGACAUUUUUCAGCCCCCUUGAUGAGCUGUCUGCUUUAAAACCGCCUCUCCCCAGAGGCUGUGGUAUGAAGAUAAAACCCAAGUUGUCAUAACCUACAGCUCUCCUUUAAACGAUCUUUAGUAAUAACAUAAAUGCAGAUUGUUCUGUGAGAUUGGACACAAGGACUGUUUGAUAUGACCUCCUGUAGUGUUUGAGUAGGAACUCAGGCAGUGUGGUUGGUAAAUGGCCACAAGGUGGCAGUGCAGUGCAAGUGUACAACAGAAGGACGGAGGUUUGAUUCACUUGCUGCCUCCCCAGCCUCACAACCAACCUUCAGAUACCUCUGCACUAAUGCAGCACUGCAGUAUAAAAGGCUAUGUAACACAUACUUGGUUCUUGGAAGUUUGAUUUUUUUUGCAGCGUGUUUACCUAUGCAUAAUGUGAAAUGUUUGUUUUCAUGUUGUUUAACUUUUUAUGUCCUUUCUUAACCAUCUCGUCUAUGAGUAAGUAAGGGACACUGUACAGUGAGCAGGUCAUUAUUAUGAAAAAAAAAUCCCACCACGGUGAUGAAGGAGUGGUCUUUUAUCACCCUGAAGGUGUUAAUUUUGCAGUAAUGACCCACUUGUUAUAUCCUUGCUUAUUACUAAAAACUCAGUCAUUUGAGACAAAAUACUGAUUUGAAAGGUUUUGUUGCUUCUGCUUCCUGUCUACCAUCAGAACUGCGUCCAUAGCAACAGUCUGCUAUUCGCAGGGCUCCUAUGCAGCAUGGAAAAGUAUGGAAUUUGAUUUAAUUAAUUUCAAGGUCUGAAUAACUAUGGAAAAAAGAAUUGUAAAAAUAUUUGUAUUUUCAGACUAUUGCCCCUAUUCUGUUUUUUAAUAUGAAAUUCAGAAUUUCUAAAAUAAAUAAAUAAAUAAAUAAAUAAAAUAAAAUAAAUGAAUCAUACAAGCAGAGUGUUUUUCAUGGUGUUUGGAGCAGGCAGCGCAGCCAAAGAGUUAAACACUGUGUGAGAGCGUGCUGGCCUGAGCGAGCUUGCUUUUGUCGAAAGCAAGGCAAGAGGUAUGAUGUGCAACUACACACAGUCCUUUGCAGAGCAGCUUCUACGCCUGUACGUCAUCCUGCAAAACACCUCCACCCUGAGUGCCUUGUAAUUGUACCAAAUCUGGACAUCGGUGACCUGCUGCAGUUCAAACUGAGCAUCAAAAUGGGGAAGAAAGGUGAUUUAAGUGACUUUGGAUGUAGCAUAGUUGUUGGUGCCAGACAGGCUGGUCUGAGUAUUUCAGAAACUGCUGAUCUACUGGGAUUUUCACACACAACCAUCUCUAGGGUUUACAAAGAAAAUAUCCAGAGAGCAGGAGUUCUCUGGGUGAAAAUGCCUUGUUGAUGCCAGAGGUCAGAGGAGAAUGGCCAG